AUGGCGGUGACAAAACGUGGUUACGUUUUCGGCGCGUUCCUUUCUGGUGUUCUCUCUGUGUUGUUAUUAGUGACUUCUAUAGCCAGCGAUCAUUGGGUGGUGUCAACAGCCUCCACAGUAGGACAGAGCCAGGAUAGUUUCAUACACUACGGCCUUUUUGGCGGAGAAUUUGAACUGAAUAUAUUUACAACACCAACUUUGAACAGAUUGUAUGUAACCUGUAUACUAGAUAUUAACGCUUGUGCAGUGAGCUGCAAGACUGACAGGGAGGCGCGGCUUGAAGAGGUUCGAGCGCUGGAGAAAGGUUUUAGACCAAAUGAAGCUUGCGUCUCCGUUACCAUAGUGGAUACUUCCAACCCUGUCGAGAAGCCACCUAUAAUAAAAUACAGCGUCUAUCUCAGUCUUCUGGUAAUCCUGUUCGUGCAGCUAGCCCUGGCUGUGAUCAGUGCUGGUCUGGCAAUAUUCAAUGCAACAAAAAAUCCAACCGAAACCAUUUUCGGGUUGCCAGGUUGUCUCUGGAGUAACGUAGCCACGGUGGUUCUCGGCGUGUCGUUCAUGGUGUUCUUUGGAGUGUACUGGUUAGCAUCGGGCUGGAGUGAUCACCUGGCGUUCUCAUACGUGGCGCUCGGUGAUUGGCGGUCGGCGCAGGCCCUGGGCUACUCUUAUUGGCUCCUUCUCGGCGCGAAUCUAUGUUCUCUGUUAAGUGUCGGGUUAAUUCUGUUGAGAAGAUAUUUGUUGGAGAGAGACCCUCCACCGCCCACCAUCAAAGUAGAGAAUCACUCAGACGGCACCAUAUUCUUGUACUAGAUCAUAGGACUCUAGCCAAAUAAUUGUUCCUUCAAUGUUCCAUUUUUUCAUGUAAAAUUUGUUUGUUUUGUUCUAUAUUGGCAUAACAUAUUUUUCGAUAUUUAAAGUGUUUUAUUGUGGUACAUGGAGAUCCGUUAUACUAAAGAUAUUGAAAUUGAUACUAAGAAAUUGAAUUAGUUGAGCAAUACUAAUUCCUUGUACUACACCAGAGCGGCGCUAUACGGUCUUCUGUCUUUUAGUCGGCAUCUUACUGCUGCCUUCAAAGGUACUUCUAGUAAUAAAGCAACUAAGUGCUGGAACAAUAUACCUCCACCUUUCAAAGCCUCCUUAUUUAUUUAUUUAUUAGCAUUGCCAACACAUUAAUCACUAACCAAUUACAUUAAAUAUAAUUCUUAAUAAGUCUAAGUCUAAGUGUUAUUGCACUUACAGGCAACGACCACAUGCAAGUAAAACAUGCAUAAUUUUUGAAUUUUAACAACAUAAGAACUAAUACUAAGAUACAAUACAAUUAUAAAUAAAAAUGAACAAAACUUUUUUUACUUAAAUACGGCAGAACUAAAAUAUUACAUUAGAUGAAUAAUUUUUGUUGAGCAGCAAAUUAUAUUCCUGUCUAGCAACAUAUCAAUUUCCGAAGUUUAUACCAAAAAGUAGAGAGCUUAUCAUUAAAAAUGUCUAUAGUUCGAUCAACUUUCGGAAGGCUAUUAUAAGUGCGAACAAUUCUAUUAAGAGUAAGAAAGUGACCUAGGUUAGACUUUGCAGUAUUUGUUGAAAAUGUAUCGUGUUUGCUGAUUCUCGGGACUCUCAUCUGUUAAUUCCCUUAAAUUAAGAGACUAGGAGCUUUUUGUUUUGUUUUAUUUUAUUAUAUGUCAUUAUUAGGUAUUAUUAAUUAUAAUUUAUCUUUUUAUGUUUGUUCUUGUUUUUAAGUUUAGUUUAGUAGUUAAUUGUUGUAAGUUUAAUCAGUGUAGUAAAACUUCAAUUCAGGCGAUGUGGCGCCCUUGAGGUUCACGUAUAACGCGGGGUCACAGAAGAUCAGCGUUGCAACACACUUGUGUUGAAACACAUGCUGAGUGGCUCCUUUUAAAACACCACUUUAUGUUUGUAAAUUUUUAAGCUGAUUCAUUUUGUUGUUUGUGUGUGUGUGUGUUCAAAUAAAUGUUUUUUCUUUCUUUCUUUCUCAAAGAUGCGUUGCCAGCCAUUGAGAUAGAACUAUUAUGCUCUUGAAGAUACUUAAGUCAUAUCGUAUUGGAAACACAGCAGCCGACAGCUAAUUAAGUAACCCUGGGAUCAGUAGUAUCAAGUAUCAACUUCAUGAUUCUUUCUGCAAGAGCACGUUCAUAACUUCGCGCUCCAAAUCCAAAUUUCCGCAACGUUUUUGUUUGAAACUGCUUUUUGUAUAAGAUUAGGAGAGAACCAUAUUCAAUUGUUAAUGCGUAAGAUAUUUAUUUGUAGUGGUUAUAUUGUAACUAUUAAAUAUUUUUAUAUGAAAUAUC